CUUCGCCUCGCCUUGAGCUGACUGGCUGCUCUUUUGGAAACAUAAAAUACAAAUAAGAACACGUGGGUAAACACACCCUUCUUCCAGCUGCCGCGCUCUUUGGUAAUGCUCAAAAUCUGUAAUUUCAGAGGAGGUUUAUUUUCGGCCACCAGCUUUGUACGGAUCUACUUUUCUUUUUAAAGAAGAAUAAGGAAACAAGAAAAGAAGCCUCACUUUCUCGGAGCAGCUGCGAAAGACGGGGUGGGGGCCGCAGCUGGCCAUGUGGGGCGGAGUCCCACUUUUUUGAGGGUGCCUCUGGGAGCGUGUGGUGCCCUUGGCGCGAAGGGGGGCGCGCCACCCCCAGAGCGGGACAGCUUCUCGGCCGCGCAGGAGGGCGAGGUAGACGCCUACCGCGGAGUACAUCUACCCCGGCUUGGUUCCAACUCUCCGCAGAGGGGGUGGGGGAGGCUGCGGGCUCGCCUCGGCGGCUCCUGUGCAUCCUCGCUUGAAAGGGGAUUUCUCUCGCUCGCUCUCAACUGCCGCCGUAGCACAGGUUUGGGGGGCUUGCUCUUGAGGAUGGCGACCUUACCCCGGCGCAGAAUUUGCAGUCGCUGCUACUCCCAAAUUGGGAUAUGUCAAUUUAUCCUCGUCUGAACAGCCCUGGGGACCGACAUAAAAACAAACACGCGAAGAUGGGAUUUCUUACCUGGAUUUUGCGUUCUUUGCUCCUGCUCUGUACUCAACAGCACACCUGUACUAGAGCUAUGAAUGACAUUGGGGAUUACAUCGGGUCAAACACAGAAAUAUCUUGGUUACCCAAUUUGGACGACAUGAUGAAAGGGUAUGCAAGAAAUUUCAGGCCUGGGAUUGGAGGUCCUCCUGUUAACGUUGCUCUAGCCAUUGAAGUAGCCAGCAUCGACCACAUAUCGGAAGUCAACAUGGAAUAUACAAUGACAGUCUUCCUACAUCAAAGCUGGCGAGAUGACCGCCUGUCGUACAAUCACACCAACGAAACUCUGGGGUUGGACAGUCGCUUUGUGGAUAAGCUCUGGCUACCAGAUACCUUCAUUGUCAAUGCCAAGUCUGCAUGGUUCCAUGACGUCACGGUGGAGAACAAGCUUAUUCGGUUGCAGCCUGAUGGGGUCAUCCUGUACAGCAUUAGAAUUACAUCAACGGUGGCGUGUGACAUGGACCUGACCAAGUAUCCUAUGGAUGAGCAGGAGUGCAUGCUUGACUUGGAGAGCUAUGGCUACUCCUCGGAGGAUAUUGUCUACCACUGGUCUGAAAACCAGGAUCAGAUCCAUGGUCUGGAUAAGCUGCAACUUGCUCAGUUCACCAUCACCAAUUACUGGUUUGCUACAGAAGUGAUGAACUUCAAAUCUGCUGGUCAGUUUCCCCGGCUGAGUCUCCACUUCCACCUGAGGCGGAAUCGAGGUGUUUACAUCAUCCAGUCCUACGUGCCUUCCAUCCUCCUGGUAGCCAUGUCGUGGGUUUCUUUCUGGAUCAGUCAGUCAGCUGUGCCUGCCCGGGUCUCGCUAGGCAUAACUACAGUCCUCACCAUGACCACCCUGAUGGUCAGCGCUCGGUCUUCACUCCCACGGGCGUCAGCCAUCAAGGCCUUGGAUGUGUAUUUCUGGAUAUGUUACGUUUUUGUCUUUGCCGCGCUGGUAGAAUAUGCAUUUGCCCACUUCAAUGCAGACUACAUGAAGAAGCAAAAGGACAAACUGAAGAGGAACAGGCAGACAGAAGAGGUCAAUGUGAAGAAUGCCAUUGUUAUGUUCUCCCUUUCGAUAGCUGGCAUCAACCAGGAACUUGCUGUUUCCAACAGGCAUCACAAAGUCCCCAAAAACCUGCCUGGGUCAUUUGGCUCAGUGGAAGUGGAAACAGGGGAGACCAAGAAGCAACAGGAGACCAAACCCCAGAAGAAAAAUGGCCUGAAGUCUCUUCUCAAGCCAAUCGACGCUGAUACCAUUGACAUAUAUGCUAGGGCAGUUUUCCCAGCAGCCUUUGCAGCAGUCAAUGUCAUCUACUGGGUGGCUUAUACGAUGUGAGGAUCACAAAAAUGCAGGAAAACUGGGUAACAGGUCACCGAGAUCCUCUAGGCAGCCAAAGUGGGACGUUGUAUGGAAGGGCCUUACUCGGGGCCAACUUUUUAACCAUAGCACUGCCAAAGCCAGGUGGAUAUUGCCCUCCCCUUUCCUCUGUUGCUGAGGUAGCAAAACAAUUGGCAGCUGUCCAUUUAUAUUGGCUUGUUUGCCUCUCCUCAGCUUCAGCAGAGCAAGCCAAAUGCCACAGUCUUCCCAGUUUGACCUGAACCUCCUGCCAAGGCUCUACAACUUCUUAAUCCACAGAAUGAGAAGUCAGUUUGCUUCUUCAUUUAGGGACAUAGGAAGCUGCCUUAUACUGAGUCAGACCAUUGGUCCAUUUAGCUCAGUAUUGCCUGCAACAACUGGCAGCAGCCCUCCACGGUUUCAGGCAAGGAGUGUCUUCCAGCCUUAACCUGGAGAUGCUGGGGGUUCAACUUGGGACCUUCUGCACGCAAAGCAAAUGCUCUGCAACUGAACUGCGGCUCUUUGUGUUGCUAUCUUCCAGUUUCAAGAAGGCUGCCUCCCGGACUGGGCCCACCAAAAAUAGCACCUGGUGUGUCGGGGUGGAUCCCAAAUAAUCUGUUGCAUGCCCCCAGGGCAGAAUUGCUUUGGCAGGCAUUUUUGGGGAGGGAUGCUGAAAUGUGGGGGCAAAAAAAAUGUGUGGGAAGAAAUGAGCAAACUUCUGGGGAUUAUGGGUGGGACUCUGCAUGGUCAGGAUUUAAACUGGCUUUUCAGGCGCUGAUACCUACCUGACGGAAAACGGGUGGCUUUUUUGGUGAUUGGACUAGUAAAAAGGUUAACUGGCUGGCAGUCCGUUCCUUGUGGUUCUGAGAUUUGUUUUUUUACUUCUUUCUUCAGUCUGCAGCAAUGCAGUGUCUCUCCCUGCAGAU